AUAACGGGAAAACGGCUAUUCGAGUUUUCAUAUUUUUGAAAUUUGAAAUUUGAAAUUCUUGGGAGCGUUGCAUAGCAUCUUCAUCUAAGGUGGUUCGUGGUCACUGAGGUAUCGGAAGGAGCAACAGCUAUGGAAGACGCCAAGAUACAGGAAUUAGACCCAGAAACCGAGUUCAUUUUGUCCAAGCGUAAGACUCAGAACGACUGGGAACUUUUCAAAGAGAACGUCAGACCUCUCAAGAGGGGCCGCAAUAUCAGCAUCUUGAACAAUGCCCUAAAAUCCCAUACCGAUAAUCAUCUCAAGAAAUCCCUCCUUGAUAACCGCAGGAAAUUAAUCGAGGCUAUCGACGAGUACCAAGGUGAUGACCCCUUGCAGCCGUGGAUCAAGUGUAUUAAAUGGGUUCAAGAAGCUUAUCCAGCUGGUGGUGAUUUCUCCGGACUCGUUUUGAUAUACGAACAAUGUGUGCGCACAUUUUGGCAUUCAGAUCGCUACAAGGAAGAUCUCCGUUAUUUGAAAGUGUGGUUGGAAUAUGCUGAAAAUUGUUUCGACCCUGAAGUCAUAUUUAAUUUUCUGCACGCAAAUGAAAUUGGAACCACACAUUCUGCAUAUUACAUAUCAUAUGCUCUGCAUUUGGAAUCUAAGGCUAAAACGAAGGCUGCAAAUGAUAUAUUUAAUCUUGGAAUUUCAAGGAACGCUCAGCCAAUUGAUAAGCUGAAGGUUGCUUAUAGAAUGUUCCUUUCACGCUCAAUGCAAAGACCAAAAGCAGCAGACGAGUCAGCGGAGAAAUGCUUACCAGUUCGUAGCUUUGGAACUGUACUUUCCAAUCCACAGAACCGGAAGCAGACAAUGAGCAAUUUCGAUCUUUCUAAGAAAAACAAGAAACCUGAAAGGCAAUGUUUAGCUCCAUUUGAUGUUUAUGAAGAUUCAGAAGUCGACAUUACUUCACAGCAGGAGUCACAUGUGUCAAAGACACGUUUGAAUUCUUGGACAGUACUAGGGAGUCGAAGGGAGAGAAAUAAGGAAAACAAUGCGCUCCCUUCCAAAUGGACUUCCCACAAGAUACCACAAAGGACUGGAACCAGGGUUGGAGGAGCCAGUGCAAGUGCACCUAUAGAGGUGUUUGUGGAUGAAGAAUGUGAAGAAGCGCAUAAACUGGAACAUGAUGAGGGUGGCAAGUCUUCAACUACACACCUUAGACAGGUUGAUGGACGUGAUUUUAAAAGGGAGACAGAGUUGCUGAGGCAGAAUCCACUGCGCAACUUCCCUUCUAACAGCUUCCUCAGAUAAACACUCCGCUUUGUUUGUUGUUGUAAUCCCCUGACUGCUUAUUGUGCGAAACCGUAAGCAAGCUGUAUCUGUAUUGUAUUUUAUAUUUAGUUCUGUAACUGUUUACAUUUCAAUUAGUUUUUACUGUUCAGUUACUUUUUCUAUUCCUUUUUGUCACUCCUCGUGUAUAUAGAGACCUUUUUCCAUCGGGUUGGGAGAUGUGUGAUAUUGGAAAGCAAUUUCAGAUUGCAUUUGUUAGGUUUGUCACUGCCA